UGCUUCCGGUAGAAAUUUGUGAAAUUUUGCCAAUUUUUUUUAAAUUUCUGCCAAAUACCACGGCUUAUUUUAACUGUUUAUGAUGCUAACUGAAUUAGUUAACAGUAAAGAAGACUUUAGAAUACUUCUUGUGGAAGAUUCUAUCCACCUUUCUGGUCGAGGCUUGUUGAAAGCAUUCAUCCAGCAGCUGGCUUCAAGGGUGGAUGAGGUUCAUUAUAUCGGCUAUGAUAUUCCUCCAGAAGCGAUAAUUGGUCGCCUUGAACAAUGCGUACAAUCGAGGAUUGUGACCCAUGACCUCUGCAGUGAUGCCCAUGGCUGGAAUGGAGGAACGUUGAACUUGGACACCGACCUUAUGGCCCUUGUGUCAAAGAGGAUCGGUCCUGGCGUAGAGACGGUCGCUAUCGUCUUCGAUUCUCUAAGCCCUCUUCUACUUCACAGGACAGCACAGUAUACUUGUCAGACCAUCAAUUCAUUGGCAUACAGGAAUGUAAAGAAAGGUAUAACUGUAAAGCACCUGGUUGGCCUUGUCCAUCGCGACCUCCACGAUUCUUCAAUUCUUGCACUGCUUGAGCAUACAGCUACUACAAUUCUUAAUGUUGGUCAGCCGGAGCAUUCGAACUUCACAGGGACCUGCCAUGUGACGCAAAAGAAGGGUUCUGGAAAAAUAACGAAAAAGAAAGAAUACUUCUCCUUAGAUGCCAGUUGUCAGCUUUCCCACAGCCAGGAGGCGUCCAUGGUGAUAGCAGUGGAAAAAUUAGCCACUGAAAGUAAAGAGCCUGACCCAGCUGCCAAUUUGACAUUCAACUUGAGGCUAACCAGUGAUGAAAAGGAAGCCAGGAGCCAAGUCAAACUGCCCUACACUCAUCAUGAGGAAAGGAAAGAACAACUGCUUGGCAACCCACAAGAAACUGGAAAAAUAUUCUACCAUCCGGAUAAGGAGGACGACUUUGAUGAAGAGGACCCAGAUGAUGACCUUGACAUUUGACCUUGAACUUUGCAUUGUAGCCUUGUCAUUGAUAGAAUAUUGUAAGUACUCAGCUGCAUUGCAUCAAAAAAUAAAUAUAAAU